UCACAAUGCUGACGCUGUUCUUCGACCAGAAUAUCUACAGUUACCGAUAGCGCGGUGAUAUACGGUAGCCACGUAUCUAUUCAAAAUGAGUACUAUGUUUGCAGACACAAUACUUAUCGUCUUUAUAUCUGUUUGUACUGCGUUGUUGGCUGAAGGUAUAACAUGGGUGUUAGUAUACCGCACAGACAAGUACAAGAGGCUCAAGGCUGAAGUAGAAAAACAAAGCAAAAAACUUGAGAAGAAGAAGGAGACAAUUACAGAAUCUGCUGGGCGUCAACAGAAGAAAAAGAUAGAGAGGCAGGAGGAGAAACUCAAGAACAACAAUCGAGACCUGUCAAUGGUGCGAAUGAAGUCCAUGUUUGCCAUUGGUUUCUGCUUUACGGCAUUAAUGGGCAUGUUCAAUUCCAUCUUUGAUGGACGAGUUGUAGCGAAGCUGCCAUUUGUUCCCCUGUCCUACAUCCAAGGCCUUUCUCACCGUAAUCUUCUGGGUGAAGAUUACACUGACUGCUCUUUCAUUUUCCUCUAUAUCUUGUGCACCAUGUCUAUUAGACAGAACAUCCAGAAGAUGCUGGGUCUGGCUCCAUCUCGUGCUGCCACUAAACAAGCUGGAGGGUUUUUGGGACCCCCUCCGCAGGCUGCCAAGUUCUCAUAAACUCAUGAAACAAUGUGCAAGAUGCCACCUCUCGGCUGUAAAAUGCUUUGGACAGACUUGAUGCAACUAAACACCCUCUCCAAAAAAAAAAAAAUAAAUGCAGCAGAUUCCACAGCCUGUGGUGAUAUCACAUAUAACUUUUUUUUUUCCAUAUUUAUAUUUGACCUAAUAAUGUUCAAACUUUGAUUAAUGAUGAUGGUUCAACAGUGGCAGAUACUCUUAUGUUAAAUUGUUGGUUGAUUAAACCUAUUUCCCUGCAUACAGUUUGAAAAUAAUACAGCUAAGGAUAAGCUAAUAAACAGUAUCAUAAGGGAACAACUAGUCACCUGCUAGUUGGAAAAUAGACCUUGCUUUUUAAAAUACUUUUUAUUUUUAUAAUGGUCUCCUUUAUAGGAAAUAUGAGACAUAUUCAUAAGUCAAGUGUAAAUGAUGGUGCUGUAUCAAAAUAGGACAGUAUUGGUAUAAUUGUUUCUUCUAACAGUAAAAGUUGAUGUAAAUGCUUUGCACAGUUUUCUAAAAUUAUUUACCAACUAUUAAAAGCAGUCUUCUUACUUUUGAAAAGAAACCCACUAGCUCAGUGUUGGACCCUAUAGAUUAUCCAUAUGCUGUUUUCUUGCUUCCCAACAAGAGAUAGGAACACCCAUAGCAGCUAUUGUCUGUUCCUUGUUGGCUCAUUUUAGGCAUGGGCUCCCCAAGGACCAGUUUGGGGAACACUGAAUUAGUUGAUCCCAUAGGCUUUGUUUUUUGUUAUUUCAAAAUGCAGAUACAGAUAGGAAGGAGUAUUCACCUCAGUAAACGGAACAUAAUUCACCAAAUGUUGUUUCAUUUGAAUUUCAUUACUUUAUGUAAUUCAUAUUUCUGUGGGUCACUACAUAACUGCACUACAUAUUGAUUAGAAUGCUCUUUAUAUAUGUGUCCACUUUUCAAAUUUGUAUAUUUCAGAUUUUUAUUUUUUAUUCUAUGUAGUUCUACUUUUGGCUUUGCUAAAUUCUUCUAUUUUAACUGUUCAAGCAUCAAUCACCAAAGCAAAUUCCUUGUAUGUGAGAACAUACUUGGCAAAUAAACUUGAUUCUGAUUCUAUUAUAGUUUAGAGAUUCGUGAUCUGACAAACUGCUAUUUGUUCUCGAUUUUAUUUAUUUGAAAUGCAAGACUUAUUGGUUAGGACUUUAUUUAUGCAUACCUGUGUAAAAGUGUGGACGAGAAUAAAAGAGCUAUGGAUUCUAUUGCUGCAA